UAGUUUUUAGAGUUUCAGCCUCUUCUACAGUGUUGUCCACUUCUCCCAAAAUUCUACACUAAUUUCAUCCGCCGUUUCACUUUGAAUCCUCCAAACAUACAAUUUAAUUCUUUCUCCACGGAGUCUACCUCACCUCACUUUGUCUCCAAAUCUCAUCGUCAACAUCCCUCUCCUCCAACUCCUCCAAUCUGCCACCGUCUUCUACCCGCCACCUAACCCACCUUCUCUCAAGGAUCGACGAAUAGGAUUAGUAUUUAAAAAAUCAAAGUGUUGAUAUUUUUCUAAAAUGAGAGAAGUGAUAGCUUACAUGAGCCAGAAAAUCCCAAAACACCACAUUGCAUAUAAAAAGCCCAAAACACCACAACUGAAUAAGUGCGAGAGUACUGCAAUUUCCUGAGCAAUCUCUCUUGCUUUCUCUAAUCUUUCAAAGUGCUACUUGCUGAGACAAGACAUGGCUUGCUCAAGUGUGGUCAAACUCAACGCCGCCUCCUCCUCGUGGAUCGCAGGCCAGAAGUCAUUCAAUAAGCCAACCGGAUCGUCGGCGGGAUUCCCGAACCACCGCGUUUCUGUCAUCCGCGCCGGAUCUUACACCGACGAGCUCCUCAAGACUGCUAAAUCGAUUGCAUCUCCUGGUCGGGGAAUCCUUGCAAUUGAUGAAUCCAAUGCAACAUGCGGAAAGAGGUUGGCCUCCAUUGGACUUGACAACACAGAAACAAACCGACAGGCUUAUAGACAACUUCUGCUGACCACUCCUGGCCUGGGUGAUUAUAUUUCAGGUGCUAUUAUGUUUGAGGAGACACUUUACCAGUCAACUACAGAUGGAAGGAAGUUUGUUGACUGUUUGCAUGCUGAGAAUAUUUUACCCGGUAUCAAAGUUGAUAAGGGUUUGGUGCCUCUACCUGGAUCAAACAAUGAAUCCUGGUGCCAGGGACUAGAUGGAUUAGCCUCUCGAUCUGCUGAAUACUAUAAACAAGGGGCUCGUUUUGCAAAAUGGAGAACUGUCGUCAGCAUACCCUGUGGUCCUUCUGCUUUGGCUGUUAAAGAAGCCGCUUGGGGGCUUGCACGCUACGCUGCUAUAUCCCAGGACAACGGUCUCGUGCCCAUUGUGGAACCCGAGAUUCUUCUUGAUGGGGACCACUCCAUCGACAGGACACUUGAAGUAGCAGAGCGAGUCUGGGCUGAGGUUUUCUACUACUUAGCGGAGAACAAUGUUGUCUUUGAAGGAAUUCUGCUCAAACCUAGCAUGGUGACCCCGGGAGCGGAGCACAAAGAGAAGGUCAACCCAGAAACCGUUGCCAAGUACACCCUCACUAUGCUUAAGAGGAGAGUGCCUCCUGCAGUUCCAGGAAUCAUGUUCUUGUCAGGAGGACAGUCUGAGGUGGAGGCGACUCUGAACCUGAACGCGAUGAAUCAGAGUCCCAACCCGUGGCACGUCUCCUUCUCCUACGCAAGAGCAUUGCAGAACACGGUGCUCAAGACAUGGCAGGGUCGGCCCGAGAACUUUGAAGCUGCACAGAAGGCGCUUCUCGUACGUGCAAAGGCCAACUCGUUGGCCCAGUUAGGAAAGUACUCGGCUCAGGGCGAGAGCGAGGAUGCUAAGAAAGGUAUGUUUGUUAAGGGCUAUACCUACUAAGUCCAAGUGUUGUGCGUGACUUUUCUCAAUUUAUUUUCUUCCCCCUCAAUUUCCUCAAAAUUAUGGAGUUUUUUUUUUUUUUUUUUUAAAUAUCAAUCAAUGGUAAUAAGUGGGAAUGGUGCCCAAAUCUUGGCUCUUUAGGAGGUUGAGUUAUUGAAAAUGAGGGAAUGUUGUAUUAUUAAGUGAUGCAUGCAUCAUAUAUAAACAUCUGGAUACUUUCGUGACUUUA